CGCCGGGGUGGUCUCAUAGUCGAGUGCUAUCAGUGCGUCAACAGUUGAUUGAUUGUUUACCUUAUUUGCAUCUACAUUCCCAGCAAAACAAUCACUGUUUCGGGUGUGGAAUCGUGUGUUUUUCGAUACUAUCGUGUAGAAAUACUGAGUUUUUGUGAUCUUCGACUGUAUUUCACGAGCCGCUCACGUAGCGUUGAGAUGAGAAUGCAUAGUCCGUUGUAGUGUUGUGUUGUGGUUACUACCUAGCUAGAUGCUGGGCUUCAGGAGCAACAUGUGCAACCGGCAGCACACGCAGGCUUGCCUGAACACGUCCCUGUCUAUACGGCAGGAGAUCCAGAGGUUUGAAAGCGUUCACCCUUCGAUCUACGCCUUGUACGACCUGGUGGAGCUGGUUCCGGACCCGCUGCUGGCCCAGCAGAUCAGGGAUCACGUCGUCGCUAUAGAAGAUUCCUUCGUGAACAGUCAAGAAUGGACGGCGUCGAGAGGCGUAACAGAGCUCAGGGUGGGAGUUCUGGGCUCCCCCGACAGCGGCAAGUCAGCCCUCGUCCACAGAUACCUCACAGGAGCAUACAUGCAGGAGGAGAGUCCAGAAGGAGGACGAUUCAAGAAGGAGGUGAUAAUAGACGGGCACAGCUACCUGCUCCUCAUCAGGGACGAAGGUGGACCUCCAGAGAUGCAGUUUACAGCAUGGGUGGAUGCCGUCAUAUUCGUAUUCAGUCUUGAAAACGAAAUUAGCUACAAUACAGUUUCAAAUUUCUUCAAUAAAAUGUCGCACUACAGAAACUCAGCAGAAAUCCCUAUCAUACUUGUCGGGACCCAAGAUGCCAUAAGUGAAAGCAGUCCACGCGUAGUGGACGAUAAUCGUGCUCGCAAGUUAUCGAAUGAACUACGAAGAUGCUCGUAUUACGAAACGUGUGCGACGUACGGAUUAAACGUGGAAAGGGUGUUCCAAGAUGCGUGUCAGAAGAUAGUGGGCACGAGAUUGUCGGCGUCGUCGCAGUGCCUGUCGGCAGGCUCGAGGCCCGUGACACCGCAGCCGCUGGCGAACUCACCGAGCCAUAACCAUUCAACAUUUCUUUACAAGGACUCAUUGCCAAGAAGUCAUCAUACACUUUCUGCUUCUUCACAUCACCUACACAGAGGAGCAUCUUCCUUUGAUGCCUCCUCAAAUAGCAGUGGUAUUUCCUCAACACAUGUAGUAGAAAUUCAUAGUACAAAUGGCUCAGAUACAUCGUCUCGGUGGGGCAACUCCCUCGGUAGCCAUGGAUCGUCAUCAGGACUUGUAUCAAUUGCGACGGAAAACAACAACGUCAAGUUUACCGCACCCCAUUGUCUGGACAACUUGCAGCCAGCGAAAGAAAUCAAAGAUCUUCCAACACCCUCCUCUACCCCGACCACAUCAAGAAAGACGAGACGGAGAUCAAAUCUUUUCACCCCCUCGAAGAAGGGUGAUGACAGGUUAAAGAAUGGUGAACUGGGCUCGGGGAGAGCUAUACCAUUAAAACAGGGUUAUUUGUAUAAGAAGAGCAGUAAGGCGCUAAAUAAAGAGUGGAAGAAGAAAUAUGUGACUCUAUGUGAUGAUGGUCGGCUUACUUAUCACCCGAGUUUACAUGACUACAUGGAAGAUGUGAACGGCAAGGAGAUCUCUCUGCAGUAUGUGACGGUGAAGGUACCGGGCCAGAAGCCGAGGGGCUCCAAAUCUAUCAUCACAACAGUACCUGGGUACAAUGGAUACACGAGUUUGGAUAUACACGAUAGUAUCGGAGGACUGUCAAUAGGUUACAAAGAAAAGCCGACACGCGCGACCGACAAGGCGUUGCUUUCGGCGUUCGAUACCAUGAAGGAGCCGACCUGCAGCCGCCAGUCCAUAGACCUGGAGGUGGGGUCUACCAAUGGUACGGACAAGGACACACCACAUGUGAAGAAACGGCACAGACGGAUGAAGAGCAGCGGGGUGAAGAAAGAUGGGGAUGAAGAAGGUGACGGCGCGACGUCGUACGAGUUUACGAUCGUCAGCCUGGACGGCAAGCGGUGGCGGUGGGAGGUGGGCGCGGGCGGCGGCGCGGCGGCGGCCGAGCGCGACGCCUGGGUCGCCGCCGUCGAGGCCCAGAUACUGGCCUCGCUGCAGGGCCGGACGUCCCGGCAGCCGGCACCGACGGGCGCGAACUCGACGGGCGACGUGCGCGCGACGCACUACAUACGACGCGUCAAGGGGAACGAUAAAUGCUGCGACUGCGGUGCACCAGACCCUGACUGGGCGAGCCUUAACCUCGGCGUGCUGAUAUGUAUAGAGUGCUCCGGCAUACACCGGAAUCUCGGCUCGCAUAUAUCGCGAGUGCGCUCACUAGAUCUCGACGAGUGGCCGCUGGGUCACGUGAGCGUGAUGGUGUCCAUCGGCAACACGCUGGCCAACUCCGUGUGGGAGGCGGAGCCGCGCGGACACGUCAAACCCGUUGCCACAGCCACCAGGGAGGAGAAGGAAAGGUGGAUACGCUUAAAAUAUGAGCGUCGUGCGUUCCUUACCGCGUCUACGUCGGACGGCGAGGCGCUGCGGGCGGCGGCGGCGCGCGGCGCUGUGGCGUCGCUGGUGCGAGCGCUCGCCGCGCCCCCGCCGCGUGCGCCCGCGCCGCUCGACCGCGCGCUCGCACUGAGAGCGGCCGCUGCUGCGGCGCAUCUGCCCGCUGCGCAGCUGUUGAUAUGGCACAACGGCAACCCUAACUUCCCGGACUCGGACGGUCACACGUGCGUGUUCUACGCGCGCGCCGCCGCCAACCACCUGUCCGGCAUACCCACGCAGUACCCCAAGAACCUGCAGAUAACCUGCCCCCUCCACCCGAACCCCCCGGCCGGUUCCGGAACCAACUCCACGGGAACCAACUCGACGAGCUCCACGGCGAGCACCAAGAGCUCCAAGAACCCGGAACCCGAAUGCAACUGCGUUAUAUUCGAGCUGUUAAACGCCCAGAGCGCUGCCAACGCGUUGGUAGAAAUACUCAUCGGGUUGCAGAACAACCAGUACAUGAAUAACGGUUUCGAACUCCCUGGCAGCUACAGCCACUCUACUCUGGGACGGGCAUCCCUAGGACCAAAUUUGUCUCUAACCAAUGGUAAAUGCGGAAGUAUUGUAUAAUUUUUUGUCUCUGUUUAUAAUAAUGUUGCGGGCAUAAUCUAGUGAUUUGUUAGAAGUUUUGGUACAAGUAUUAUAGGCCAGGAGCUGUCUUUUUCAACUACAAGUUUGGAUGAACACCGGGUUGAUGCUCGAUGGAGUCCGAACGGCGAAUUGCGGCACAAAACUUCAUGUAAAGCGUCGAAAUUUGUAUGAAAUUCUGUGCCCAGUCUCGUCAUUUUGAUUAUAGUUACCACAAUCACAAUUUUUAGAGUUCACGUGAUAGCAUAGAAGCUUCAUAAGGCUGACGAAAUCAGUUGUAGGCGAAAUGUUUAAUAUAGUAACUGAAUGUUACUUAGGUGUGUAUACAGUUUUUAAUCUGUUGCUAUUUGGUGUUUCCCCUGGAAAAGUUGUAGAAACUUUGCGAGGUUGAUUCUACUUCAACAAUUAUUACUUAAAAUAUUGUCAAAAGAAUAUUUGUUACUUUAAAUAUAGGUGCACACACCUAUCUUUGUAUGUAUAUUUUGUAUAGAUUUUUAUUUCUCGUGUUUUAUUUGUUCGGUGCUUUUUAUGUUAGUUGAAAUAUUUUAUUAUUUUUCCGUAAACCUUCCCUAUGAUUGUUUCG